GAUUUCCGUCGAUCAAAGUGUCCACCAAUCAUCUACCAGUAAAGUUUAUUGAAAUUGUUAUUUGCGUAACACCACAUCAGACAACUAUAGACGCGCCAAUGCGUCUAGACAUGCACGUGACAAUAUUUCAGCCAAUAAGAAUGGUUUUACUCUUUGCUGCACGUCGGCAAGUGUUACCGUUGUGCGCUAUGGUUGUGAGACGAAUUAGUUGAUGUGAAUCUGCCAGCUCUUUACAUGCUGUCUAGACGUGUAAGUUUGCGACGUGAUCAAGGAACUUAGAUCUUCCUUUCGCAUUUUAGGCCACGCAAAUCUUUCAGAUCGGCUGGAUGUGAUCGCCAAAAACAAAUGUUCAGCUUAUAUGUUCAAGUUGUUGAGACUGGUGAACAAACUGUCCCUACUCGAGAGUUACUUCGUUCUCACAGCCCGCAAGGAUUUUUCGCCUGAGGAAAGUGCCGAACUGAAGUCAAUAACUCAUUCCAUCUUAAAGCGACUCAACGACAGCGAAUUCACAGCUCUGCAAACGGCGCUGGAAUCGAAAGGCGGCCUUCAGACGAGUUGUAUUUUCUUUCCAACGCACGAAAGACUGGGCAAGCGCGUAGUUGUCGAACCGCAAGUUGUUUUGUACCGAGUAUUUCGACUCCCGCAAGUUCGAAGCUCCUCGGAACUUAAGCGUAGUCCAUGCUGCUCGACACGAAAUGGCUUCGACAAGAAAGUGUGUAUCAACCCUUUCCACUACAGUACAGUCGUGAACAGUGGUAGGUUUUAAUCCAUCAAAUUCGAAAUUUUGUUCGUAGCGACUCUUGUGGCACUGUUUGUGUACCAGAUUUUAUAACAUUUUUAGCAUCUCAUUUGCAUACGAGACAGAUCUUUCUUUCUCGCUUUGUCGUUUCGCUGUUGUCGAUCAUUUCGUUCGUUUUUAUUUCAUAGGACCAUCUAGUGGGAUUUACACAGCCCUACCGAAAGCAAUGGAGGUUAAAAACGACGAGUCUUCUGGUAUGUGCUUUGGAAAGUUCGGUGUUAAUAGAGUUUCGUGCGUGUAUCCGUUCCAGACGUUCAACCCGUCGGUUUCGCUCACUGAUUUUCCUUUUUACUUUGCAGGGUUUUUCAGUAACCAUACUCAAUCGACAACUUGCCCCAUGGACAGCCAAACCUCGUACACGGAGUCUGCUCUGCGGAAUAUAGGUAUAAAAUUUUACAUACCUUGCUGUGACCUUUGCGGUGUUGUGUCGAAUAUUUACUCUUUCUUUCGAUCGAAUGUGAAGCCUCUACUAUCAAACUGUUUCACGAGUUGUGAGUGAGUAACCCACUCCAUCAGAGUGUCAAUUAUUUAUGGAGUUCAUCUUUUUUAGGCUCUUUUACAAGGCGAUCUCGUGUUUGAACGCGAAUUAACUUAAUUUUUGGAUGCAAUUGCAGGGGCAGAUUACUGCAAUGCGACGGAUAAAAGUUGGUCUAGGCCGUGGUGUUCGAUCGCUUAUUGGGAACAAAGUGAAAGAAUUGGACCGUCGUUUGAAGGGACUGCUGAUGUUAUCAACGUAUUCGAAAGUCUACCCGAGCCCAGUGGGUUCUGUUUAGCUGCACUCGAUCGGCGAAGUGAUGUACCUGAGCGAACUAAAAGAGUGCGAGAACAGAUCGGUUAUGGACUACAGUUGACACGCGAAGUUGAUGGAGUUUGGAUUUAUAAUCGAAGUGAUUGUUCGCUAUUUGCAAAUGGUCCAACACUGACUUACUCGAACGAAAGCAUGGCUGGCGGAAAAGUUAGACAUAAUAUUCUGGUGCAUAAAAUUCCACCCGGAUAUUCGCUCAAGGUGUACGAUUAUAAAUUAAGCCCACAAGUAUGCCGGGCAGUGGACAGCGCUGGAGUGAGGUGUUAUCACCCCGAGACAGUGCGAGUAAGUUUUAAGAAAGGUUGGGGAGUUACAUCAACUUCUGAAUACCGUCAACCACUCGUAACAUGUUGUCCGUGUUGGAUCGAGGUACAUCUGUCGGUUGCGCGGUAACACGCGUGUACGAGCGAGACCAAGAUAAGAUCCAUGUAAAAGGCGAUUUGUUUAUGUGGCGGCUUCCUUUCGAUCGGAUCGUCUAGCAUUUCACAGAGUUAUAGAAACAUGAGUAUGAUACCUUCAUAGAGUAUAUUAUGUAUAUUGUAUAUAGAAUAUUGACUGGCCGAAAAUAUAAUUUAAGGACCUAGUCCGUGAACGAGCUAAAUUUGGACAGCGAUGAAGUAGACAUGUCUCCAUAGGAGAGAAACAGAUUCUCUAAUUGUACAGCGUAUUGUUGUUUAAUGUUGUUACGCGAGUGAAAAAACACACUAAGAAUGAAUAUAUUAUAUUUUCAAUCACGGCUCUUGUUGUGAUUAAGUUUCCUUGAAAAACGAAAGUAUUUCGGCAGCUUCGGUGUAGGUGUUGAGUGCAUUUUGCGCCCUGAAAUUGCUCUGAUGUCAUUCAACCCUAAUCCGUCGCAUGCGGUUGACCAGACAUUCGAACAGACCUUCCGUUUCAUUUGUCUAAAGAAUAGCCUUGUUUCGGUAUUACUCUGUAAUUCUUUGCUACGAAUGCAAUAUGCUGUUCUUAAAACCUGUUUAUGGGUUAAAUGAAGCGCUGAAAAUCUUUCAGACAGGUAGCUUAUCAUAAAGAUUAAUGUUUAGUACUAUCUUUUGACACAACUAAGCUAUAUAUUCAUAGUUAUCGGGCCGAAACCACUUUGUAUACAUUACGCGUGAUAAUUCAUUCGAUGUUGACUGAGUAAAACCUAUUUAUGGUGAAAGACUUGAAGCAGGCACGCGCGCGACCAAUGUGAUGUCUCGUCGCCUCGGGGCAAUGAACAAAUCUAAUAUUUUCUGCACUAUCCGAGUUAUUCGCGCUCCAUAAACCUCGCUAAUCUUUUGACGUGAUAUUGAGCUCUCUUUGGCUAAUGGAGCACAAGAAAGCAUGCACGUGUUUUGCGCUCUCUUCUUCAGAAUGUGCGCCGCUUUCAUGUCAGAUAUAUGAUCCAAAGUCGGCGCACAGACUGAAAUUUCGAAAGAUCACUCAUCGGGCAACAGAAUUGUAACAGCUCAGAGCGCGUAAUAUGCUAAUGUGGAAUUGUUUUGCACAUUGAUAUGUCUGCAACCCCCGAUUGUAUGCAUGAAAAUACGAAUAUAACGCCGAUGUUUGCACGCACUUUCUAUCGACACUUAAAACAAUUUCUCAGUUUUUGUGAUCUGUUGUUAGGUGAUGUCGGGAUUGCAUGCAAAUGAGGUUUUCAAGGUGGCUUUCCUUAGACAUGGGCGGCGUUGUGGGAGAAUAAUUUUCAGACAUCACAAAAUUAGAUCCAUGAUGUAGAUAUUGAAAGAGAAAGGAAGACUUGGCAGCUGUUGUUUGCUUCUCAGGAAAGCAACGGGGUUGAUUCUUCGGUGUGAAAAAUUUUAUACGACAACAUUUUAAAGACUUCACACGUAGCUUUUCAACUCUGGCCUCCAAAACGGAACUGAACUGUCCUCAAGACCAUCUGCUUAUUGACGUACCAAAUAAACCUGACUAAAAAAAACUGUUAUAUGUAAUUAAGAGUGUCUCGAAGCUUUCUUUUGGUUGAGUUUUAAUUUCUUAAGGCUUGAUUUCAGAGAAUUAUUCACUCCUUUAAUCCAAAGCUCAAUGAAUUCAUUCAGAAAUUGCAUGGUGGUGAGAAAAUGUCUCAAAAAAGCAAUAAUUUAAUCACCUAGUGUGAUGAAAAAAGUAAGCAGCGAGAACGUUUGAUAAACUUUGUCUCAAAACAAACCCGAGGCUAAGGAACACCUUCGGCGAAAUUUCUCAUAGAAUUAUCUGAUCAAAGGCAUGAUUAAGAAAAAUCCAAUGUUAAAUUUCAUGUUUUGGUUGUAAUAUACGACAAAUAAAUUUGAACGGAAGUCACUUAGGAUAAUUUAAAUACGCCCCAGACAUUACAUAAUGUACAAAUUUGGAAAAAAUGUUGCGU